ACGCGUGCAGUGCAACAUUUUUUUUGUUUUGUUUUGUUUUGUUUUUGCAAUAUUUCGUCUAAGCCGAAAGUUCGAGAAAAUACAAUUGAAUUGCAUCGCUAUGGCGAUGUUGUUUACUCUGGGAUAAUCCGCGAACCUGUGCGGGCCUUGCCCGUCUGUUGUUGUGAGUGCAGCCAGGGCUGGCUAAGCUAGGCUAUCAAGUUUGUCGCUACAGCAGACAAUCAAAUAUUGAAGCUGGUUCAAAGCUUGUUUGUUAAGAUACACAAACGAUGUAUACUUCAAAUGAAGAGCAGCAUGUGCUAAUAGUGGCACAAGGCGCUUUACUAUGAAGUGACUAGUAUUUUAUGUUUGGCUACACCUCAAAUGUAGCUUAGCAACAAUGUGCACACCACGAACAGUCGGUGGAAGUUUGCCAGGUUUAAAAGAUAUUCAAUGUACAGGGUACUAACGUAAUGUUUAAAUAUUCAUUUCUGUACAUUACCUAGAUUCUUCUUAUGAAUCAUUAAGUUUUGAAGCUUCAGUUAUGCAUUAUGACCAUGUUUGGGUGAACUUGUUACAAAUAAUCUUAAUAUGUAUUACAAUGCAGUAUUUUUUUCUUUUGUAAUAUCAUGAGCUAAUAAUUACUUUGCAUUAUAAUUAUUUAUGAUCAGCAUGCGCAGUAUACACAAUAAUAGCCUAAUCAUUUGUCCAGUGUAUGAGUCAGUUAAACAGUUGUAACAAUGUUGGGGUGCAUUACACAUUUGCCUGAAUAUUGGUAGUUAUAUCAUAUUGAGGAUCUUUGCUCAUGGAAAACCCCACCCAGUUUAAAAUCCCUUUGUUUUGGUAUUACUGUCAUGGGAUGCAUGACUGUCUUAUGUCCAGGUGACCCUUUGCAUAAGAGCAUCAGUGCAGCCUGGUGGUCUGUGUUGGAUGUACACAUUGCACUCAUCAAGGCUAAUAGUGGUUAGAUCACCAACAGGGACAGACUAAGUUUUAGCCAUAAUCAUCACGUGUUCAUAAUUUCUUUACAAUUUUUGUUUUCACUUCUUAUUUCUAUUAUUUUGUGAUGGGCUAAAAGUACCGAAGGAACUGUUUGUCAUCUCAGCAUUUGCGCAACACAUUACAUUGGCCUGUGGAGUGGGAGGUUUCUAGCACUAAUAAUGUGCCUAAACAUAUUAGCCUCGGAUAGACAGAACAUUGAUAGAGUGGUGCAUCAGACAAGAAGAUGGGUAGAUCUGUGUGUGUGGCCUUGCAACCUUGUUCCAAAAAUUGCAGGAAUAAAUAGGCUGUUCGUCCAAGUCAUUCAAGCUGUACUCCCCAAAGGAGCCUCCCAACGGCAGUGCCUUCCCUCCAUUUCACCCAGGCGCAAUGCUGGAUAGAGAUGUGGGACCGACACCAAUGUAUCCCCCCUCUUACAUGGAACCUGGAAUAGGGAGGCACACGCUGUAUGGAAAUCAAACAGACUACAGAAUAUUUGAGCUGAACAAAAGGCUACAGAAUUGGACAGAGCAGGACUGUGACAAUCUAUGGUGGGAUGCGUUCACUACAGAGUUUUUCGAAGAUGAUGCCAUGCUGACUAUUACAUUCUGUCUGGAAGAUGGACCCAAGCGAUAUACCAUUGGUAGGACGUUGAUCCCCCGAUACUUUAGAAGUAUUUUUGAGGGUGGGGCCACGGAACUCUUCUAUGUGCUAAAACAUCCCAAGGAGUCUUUCCACAAUAACUUUGUGUCCCUGGACUGCGACCAGUGCACCAUGGUUACACAGAAUGGCAAACCCAUGUUCACACAGGUCUGUGUGGAGGGCCGGCUAUACCUGGAGUUUAUGUUUGAUGACAUGAUGCGAAUAAAAACGUGGCACUUCAGUAUCAGACAGCACAGAGAGGUUGUGCCGAGGAGCAUCCUGGCAAUGCAUUCCCAAGACCCUCAAAUGCUUGACCAGCUAUCAAAAAAUAUCACAAGAUGUGGCUUAUCUAACUCGACACUGAACUACCUCCGGCUUUGUGUAAUCCUGGAGCCCAUGCAGGAGUUGAUGUCCAGACAUAAGACGUACAGUCUCAGCCCACGAGACUGCCUUAAAACCUGCCUUUUUCAGAAAUGGCAGAGGAUGGUGGCCCCACCAGAUAUGAUGUCUUCUGCUCCUUCUCCAGCUGAGCCUGCGAGACAAGCUCCCAACAAACGAAGGAAACGAAAAAUGUCUGGUGGCAGCACCAUGAGUUCAGGAGGGGGAAACAACAGCAACAGUAAAAAGAAAAGUCCAGCCAGCAGUUUCGCGCUCGCCAGCCAGGUACCUGACGUGAUGGUGGUGGGAGAGCCCACACUGAUGGGAGGGGAGUUCGGGGAUGAGGAUGAGCGGCUGAUCACACGGCUGGAGAACACACAGUUUGAUGCGGCCAAUGGCAUCGACGACGAGGACAGUUUCAACAGUUCCCCAGCCCUGGGCACCAACAGCCCCUGGAACAGCAAAGCUCCCUCCAGCCAGGAGAGCAAAAAUGACAACCCCACCUCACAGUCAUCCCAGUAGAAGCAUUAGGGGCUAGUGAAGGGCUGAUAGCUGUCGGAGGACAUUUGCACCUUUGUUUAAACCGGCACUCGCAUGACAGUUCUUAAAGCCGGCUUUCUUGUCAUAGUCUUCUGCCUUGAUGAGUCCUCAAUUGGCCAACACCUCAUCAUCCUGCUCUGUCACCAUCAGACAUGGCGUUUUGUUGAAUCUUUUGUUUGAGAGACGUUUUCAUACCAUCAGUUAUGUGUCUGGCCCAUUUGACCUUGUAGAGCCUUGACUCUAUUGGCUUAGUGAAGGCAGCCGUGUCGGGUUAUUGUUCCAACCUCGGGUCUCUGUCUGUGCGUGCUGUGCUUUUGAAACGCAUGGCUGUUUCUGUUGUGCUCACUUGACAGGAAAGAAUCACUUUUAUCUAACCGUUUAGUGAUAUGACCAUUGUGUGCACCUCAGAUUCAAACCCAACGCUCUAUUUUUAAAAACUAAAUUAUUUGUUUUGUAGGACCUGGUUGGAACAAAAACCUGUACAGUUCCGGAGCUUGAGGACCGGAGUUGAGAACCACUACGUAAAGUCCUUAAAGUAAAACUAAAUAAAGUGUAAAGCAUUGAGGGUCUUGAGUUUGGUCAUGCCCAAAAUGGUCAUGGAGAACUUGCAUGACUAUGAAGCCAGACUUAAGAGAAGUGUUUUAUUUGUCCUUUUUUUUUUUUUUUUUUUUUUUUUUGUUUUUUUUUUGCAUUUUGUUUUUUAUUUUUAUAACGAUUUCUAAGGAGAAAAUAAGCAAGCAACAAAAACUCUAAAUAUCCUUUGCACUCUUGUCACUGUAUUUUGGAUCUAUUUUUCUUAUAAAAUUAUGAUGAAUUUUGUUCUUAUUAAAACAUAAAUUGAUAAUCUUUAACUGGAAAAUGCUUUCAAUGAAAAAUAACAAAUUUUGUAUUGGUAUUGUUAUCAAUAUUAUUAUAAGUAGAUGCAACUUUGCUCUAAGCUUUACACCUAACUGUCUAUCUGUUUCUGUUUAAAUUGUCAUUAAAAAAUGAGAUUACUGUACAUGAUCAUAGCAUGUAUGUCUGGGGACCGCAUGUAUCAGACAUUAGCUGCUGCAGCUGUAUUGGUCUCAUUGUUUGCAGAUCUAAAUCCUACACUGUUAGUACAACGGCUGGUGGCACAUUUUGUCCAGACCGUAGCAAUGAACAUUUUGUUUUCUAAGAGUUUUUUAGCUUAUUGAAAAGAACAGAACAAGCCCAAUGACUUUGUAUAAACCCAGUCAUUCACAAUGAUUAGUUUGCUUUAAAAGUCUAGGAAAGCAUCCCUUUCUGAGAAAUUGUGGUAUAUACUUAGCAUUCCAGGAAUUUUUCUCCCCUAAUGCUACAGACCAAGGAGCAAGAUCCUUUAAACAACACAUUUAUGUAAAAAUUUUGUUUUUCCAUCGUUUUAUGUAUUUGUGAUUGUAUAUUUAAGAUUUUUAGCCAAGUUCUGUAUGAGUGUAAUUCUAUUUACUCUUCUUUAGAAACCCUGUUCCCUUCACCCUUUGCUAAAGAAUCUGUCACAUGUCAAAAGUAAAGCUAAAACUCUAAUUUCAAAACAAGUUUUUUUAGAUGCAUUAAAGGUACAACUACCUUUCACCUAAGGUAGAUUAUAGUUUAUAAGUCAAUGUACAAGGCUUUACCAUUGCAUUAUAUAUCAAGACAGAAUGUUACUGUGUAUUUAAUGUUUCCUUUGUUCAUAACAUUUUAUGUUAUGUUUGCCUAAAAUGUUAUAUAAAAUUCAGUGAAUCCAUAAGAAUCCUUAUUAAGCUUUAGAUAAUGUAAAAACAAUCCUGAUCACUAAUUCCGAGAGGCUACCUUCAGCUUACAGUCUAUUGGGUUUUAAAACACCAGAGGGCACUCCAUUGCAUGGUCUAAAUUUAACUAGCAAAUUGUAACAUUUUCACCCUGGUUUUCUGGCAACAUCAUACAAAUCCUAAAUUAAUUUCUCUCAUUGCUGUCACUCAUAACAUACAGUGCUAUUUUAGGUUCAUUUACUAAAUCAGCCACAAACACAGGUGUGCUCUUUUCUGUCCUUUCGAGCUAAUUUGUUAGUGGUUUUAUGAAUAUAUAUUUGCCUAUAGUGUCUGCCAUUGACAACUGAUGUAUGGUACCAAUAAAACAAGUUUUCACAUC